AACCAUAGGCCCAAAGAGUUAAGGCUGCAAGGGCUCCCCCACCCCAUGCAUGCUGGGUCAUACCCAAAACACUUGUUUUGCCACCCCUCUGCACCCAUACAUGUGCUCAGCACCAUUCCUGCCACAUCCUGGGCUCCCCUUCCUCAUGAUUUCACCCCAGGGAUGGACAGGGUUCCAGUUCCCAAAGCUCCAAGCAGGAAACCAUCACCUGGGAUGCUGUAAAAACAAUGAUCUGCUCAUGCUUUCUCAUUCUAAAAGCUGAAAAGGGACCCAUACGGAUACUGGUUUGGGAGGAGUUGGAGAGCCCUGGGAUGGACCAGCCCUGGGAGCAUCCUUUGCCAUGGAUCUGUCCCUGCAGCCGGACCUUGCCAUGCUUUUUGAUGCAGAAGCUAUGGAACAGCCCUGACCCGCUCUGCCCGGGGGAGCAGGCAGGGAUGGCAGCCAGCCCCCGCCUGCCCCUGCCCCGUGCUAAUGAGCGAGUUACACAACAAGGAGCUUUUAUACUUGGUUAAUCGGGUCCGGCAUCCCGGCUCGCCCCUCCACGCACACUCGGGCUGGCCAGCGCAGCCCCAACUCCCUCCUUCCCUCCCAUCAGCUGCCUUCUGUAAUGCUGGAAUGGGGUUUCUCGCCGGGGCUGUGCUGCCUUAAUUACAAAGCUGCAGUGAGUUGAUGCCUUGUGACGGUCUAAUCCCAAACCGCUGACUCUACAAAGCUUUUGCCCCUCUUUCUGCCUGCUCCACUCCGGCCUUGCCUUCCACGCGUCCAUCUCGGUCCCCGUGCACUGACCCUCAGUUCAGCUUUUCUAUCCCUGUGUCCUGCAGCUGACAGAGGACAGAGGACAGAGGACGACAUGUCUGCGGUUACGGGCACCUUCCGCAUCAUCUCGGAGGAGGAGCAGGCCCUGCGCUCCAAGCUGGAGCACCUCACCACCAAGGACCACGGCCCCGUUUUUGGGAGGUGUGAGAAGAUCCCCCCGCACACCAUGCAGAAGGCCAAGGAUGAGCUGAACGAGACGGUGGAGCAGAGGGAGGUGGCAGUGAAGGCGCUGCGGGAGCUGGUGCGGGAGCGGGCGGCCGGUGAUGAGGUGUGCCAGGCGGUGGCAGAGAAGGUGCAGGACAAGGACGACUCCUUCCUCCUCCGCUUCAUUCGUGCCCGCAAGUUUGAUGUCCACAGGGCCUACGACCUGCUGAAAGGCUACGUCAGCUUCCGCCAGCAGUACCCGGAGCUCUUCGACAACCUGAGCCCCGAGGCCGUGCGCAGCACCAUCGAGGCCGGCUACCCUGGCAUCCUGGCCAGCAGGGACAAGUAUGGCCGGGUCGUGAUGCUCUUCAACAUCGAGAACUGGGACUACGAGGAGAUCACCUUCGACGAGAUCCUUCGUGCCUACUGCGUUAUCUUGGAGAAGCUACUGGAAAACGAAGAGACCCAGAUCAAUGGGUUCUGCAUCAUUGAGAACUUCAAGGGCUUCACCAUGCAGCAGGCAUCAGGGAUCAAACCCUCCGAGCUCAAGAAGAUGGUGGACAUGCUGCAGGACUCCUUCCCAGCGCGGUUCAAGGCCGUCCACUUCAUCCACCAGCCCUGGUACUUCACCACCACCUACAACGUGGUCAAACCGUUCCUGAAGAGCAAACUGCUGGAGAGGGUCUUUGUGCACGGAGAGGAGCUGGAGUCUUUUUACCAGGAGAUUGAUGCUGACAUCCUGCCAGCAGACUUUGGUGGCACCCUGCCCAAGUACGACGGCAAAGCUACUGCAGAGAAGCUCUUUGGGCCGCGCAUCGAGGCUGAAGACACAGCUCUCUAACCCAGCACAGUAGGAUCAGGGGUGGCUCCCUAACCCCAGCCACCCCCUUGCCGUAGCACUGGUUGGAUGACUGUUCGUGAUGAGGUUGUUCCUUGCCUGUCCCUCCUCUUGCCUCCCCACACCAGGCAGCGGGCUGCCCGGCAGCUCUGUCCCUCCCAGGCAGAGCAUCCUUCUCUCAGGAGCCAGCACAGGAAGGAGGAUACCAGCCCUGGAGCUGCGGUGAGGGGACAGGGGAGCGUCUGCUCUGGGAAGGGAGGGCUGCAGCGAGGCAGAAAUAAAGUGGUGUUGAACAGCAGAGUUCUGGGGUUGCUUAUGGCAUGUGGCAAGGAACAGGGCUCCU